AUGGGUACAUUAAUAAAGGUAUAUGAAAGAAUAACCAAUCUGGUGAAACCUUUGGGAAAAUUUGUGUUGAUUCCUUUGGCAACUGUUAGAACUGUGAGGCAAUUCACAGAUUAUUUAUUCUACAGUAUUUUUAUCUCACUCUAUGUUUUUUUUAAGCAAGCAAUCAUUCAUGAACAGGAUGAAGAUUCAUUGCCAUUCACUGAUUUGGUACACGAAUAUCAACUUCAUUAUCGUGAUGAAUUGAUUGAGAGGCAUUUAGAUCAUGUUGAACAGGAGUUUUUAAACUCGUUUGACAUUCCGUCUUCGUUUAGCGAUAUAUUCAAAAAAAUCUCCUUCAGAGUGGACUAUUAUUAUGAUAGAUAUAUCAUCCAUGUCUUUGAACUUAGCUUUGGAAAGAAUUAUAAAUAUGGAAGUGAGAGCCAUAAUCCACUUUCAAUUGUUGAUGAUCUUUCCAUUAACGAUGAAAACUUAAAUGUUAAGCCAAAGUUUUAUGCAGUUAAUAAUGAUUCUGAGUCAAAUAGUAUUCAUAACAUUCAUAGGCCAGAAUCAAAAGCAUUUGAACCAAAGCCAUAUUUAAUGAAAGGAGGCUCGUUAAGACAAACGCAUCCGACUGAUCAACUAGUAUCCCAAAAUGUUCAGGGUAAAUUCUCAAAGCCAAGUUCACCGUUAAAACCAGCUCUUACUGACUUGUUCGAAAAACCCAGAUCAAAUGAUGCUGUUCCAACUACACCAGUAUCAAAUACUUCAGCAGCAUCAUCACCAACUCCAACCGCUACCACCGAAAGUGUUAUCAGUGCAGCUGAAAAUUUUCAUAUUCGAACACCCACGAUUCAACGCUCGAUUGUUGAGAAAACCAAAGCAUUUGCCGUUAAAAAAGACAACCACUCAAAAGGAAGCCAUCGAAAAGAGGGCAGCAGAAAUGUAUUUUAUAAAAUCAAAAUUCGGAGAAAAGGUAGGUCACAGAUUGACCCCACAUACGGAAAUUACGAGUUGGUGAGGCAAAGAAUUAAGAAUUGCCUUGUUCAGCCAUCUUACAAACCGGAUGGUAAUAUUGGUCCAAAUAUGAUUCGUUUUACAUGGCAUUGCUGCGCACAUUAUGAUAGAGAAACAGGAACUGGGGGUUGCAGUGGUGGUACAAUGAGAUUUGCCCAGGAAUUUAACGAUAAUGGUAACACUGGUUUGAAUACUGCAAAAUCUUACCUUGACCAAAUACAUGAGGAAUUCCCUUGGGUUAGUUUUGCUGAUUUGUACAGCUUGGGUGGAGUUGCCGCAGUUGAGGGUAUGGGAGGACCUAGAAUUGAGUGGAAGCCAGGAAGAACAGAUUGUCUAGAUGCAAAAAAAGUUCCUCCUAUGGGGCGUCUUCCAAUUGCAACCUUAGGUUCCGACCAUAUAAGAGAAGUCUUUACAAAACGGUUGGGUUUUGAGGAUAAAGAAACGGUUGCUUUAAUAGGUGGAGGCCAUUCACUAGGUGGAUGUCAUGCAAAAUUUAGUGGCUUUAAUGGCAUAUGGUCAAAAAAGCCGUUUAGAUUUGAUAACGAUUUUUUCAAAGUCCUUUUAAAUGAGAAGUGGUCCAUAGGUGUGGUUCCUCAGACAGGAAUCGAGCAGUACUAUAAUGAAGAUAAGAGCUUGAUGAUGCUAAACACAGAUAUGGAAAUGAUCAGGGAUCCCGAAUUCAAGAAGUGGACUGAAAUAUAUGCGAAAGAUGAGCAGUUCUUCUUUGAACAAUUUGCUGCUGCCUAUGCCAAGUUAGUCGAACUUGGUGUGAUCCGUGAUGAUGAUGGAAUUCAACGGGUGAAAAUGUAA